CGAACACACUUCGCAGUGGACUCCAAGAUGCCCGUGAAAGGGAGCUUCUCUUUGAUCUCCUUAACCUCCUCAUCUCCACAGGACCCAGAGCACAAGAACGUCCCUUCUCCUGCUUCCAGGCCCACCGUCUAGAAAAGAGAGGAGGAGCCCAGCUCUUCAUCAUUCCACCCCCACCCACUAACUCCCAACUUCCUGGCCCUCAGCGGGUGACCAAGGAAGUCAGUCCACUUGGCUCUCCAUAAACAGCCUGUGCCCCACCAGGCUCAGGGGGGCAGCUUGACCAAUCCCUAUUUCCAAGACCUUUGGCCAACCCUAUUGAUCUGGACUCCUGGGCAGGCAGUUGGACCAACGGACAGACGCCAUGAGGGCUCUGCUGCUCCUGGGGUUCCUGCUGGUGAGCCUGGAGUCAACACUUUCGUUCCCUGCCUUCUUCUCUCCCUUGUAGAUUCCACCUUGGAAAGCGCCCAAGGAGCAUAAGUACAAAGCUGAAGAGCACACAGUCGUAUGUCUCGUGGGCAUCAAUCAUGCCACACAGAGGCCAGGACCUUCAAUGGGCAAGGAAGGAUCAAGAGCUGGUCUCUGGCAUUCGAAUGCCUCUGAAUCCCAGCUUUAUCACUUAUGAGCUGGGUGACUCUGGUUCUCACUGUCACCGGGGAGCCCUGCCACUUCCCCUUCCAGUACCACCGGCGGCUGUACCACAAAUGUAUCCACAAGGGCCGGCCAGGCCCUCAGACCUGGUGUGCUACCACCCCUAACUUUGAUGAGGACCAGCGAUGGGGAUACUGUGUGGAGCCCAAGAAAGUGAAAGACCACUGCAGUAAACACAGCCCCUGCCAGAAAGGGGGGACCUGUGUGAACACGCUGAGUGGCACCCACUGUCUCUGUCCACAACACCUCACUGGGAACCACUGCCAGAGAGAGAAGUGCUUUGAGCCUCAGCUUCUCCGGUUUUUCCACGAGAAUGAGAUAUGGUAUAGAUCUGAGCAAGCAGCUGUGGCCAGAUGCCAGUGCAAGGGUCCUGAUGCCCACUGCCAGCGGCUGGCCAGCCAGGCCUGCCGCACCAACCCGUGCCUCCAUGGGGGUCGCUGCCUAGAGGUGGAGGGCCACCGCCUGUGCCACUGCCCCGUGGGCUACACCGGACCCUUCUGCGACUUGGACACCAAGGCGAGCUGCUAUGAUGGCCGCGGGCUCAGCUACCGCGGCCUGGCCAGGACCACGCUCUCGGGUGCGCCCUGUCAGCCGUGGACCUCGGAGGCCACCUACCGGAACGUGACGGCCGAGCAAGCGCGGAACUGGGGACUGGGCGGCCACGCCUUCUGCCGGAACCCGGACAACGACAUCCGCCCGUGGUGCUUCGUGCUGAUCGGCGACAGGCUAAGCUGGGAGUACUGCGACGUGGCACAGUGCCAGGCCCCAACCCAGGCGGCGCCUCCGACCCCGGUGUCCCCUGGGCUUCAUGUCCCACUCAUGCCCCCGCAGCCGGCACCGCCGAAGCUUCAGCCCACGACCCGGACCCCGCCUCAGUCCCAGACCCCGGGAGCCUUGCCGGUGAAGCAGGAGCAGCCGCCUCGCCUGACCCGGAACGGCUCAGUGAGCUGCGGGCAGCGGCUCCGCAAGAGUCUGUCUUCGAUGACCCGCGUCGUUGGCGGGCUGGUGGCGCUACGCGGGGCGCACCCCUACAUCGCCGCGCUGUACUGGGGCCACAGUUUCUGCGCCGGCAGCCUCAUCGCCCCCUGCUGGGUGCUGACGGCCGCUCACUGCCUGCAGGACCGGCCGGCACCCGAGGAUCUGACGGUAGUACUCGGCCAGGAACGCCAUAACCACAGCUGUGAACAGUGCCAGACUCUGGCCGUGCGCUCCUACCGCUUGCACGAGGCCUUCUCGCCCGUCAGCUACCAGCACGACCUGGCUCUGUUGCGCCUUCAGGAGGAUGCGGACGGCAGCUGCGCGCUCCUGUCGCCUUACGUUCAGCCGGUGUGCCUGCCAAGCGGCGCCGCGCGACCCUCCGAGCCCGCGCUCUGCCAGGUGGCUGGCUGGGGCCACCAGUUCGAGGGGGCGGAGGAAUAUUCCAGCUUCCUGCAGGAGGCGCAGGUACCCUUCCUCUCCCUGGAGCGCUGCUCAGCACCGGACGUGCACGGAGCCUCCAUCCUCCCCGGCAUGCUCUGCGCAGGGUUCCUCGAGGGCGGCACCGAUGCAUGCCAGGGUGAUUCCGGAGGCCCGCUGGUGUGUGAGGACCAAGCCGCAGAGCGCCGGCUCACCCUGCAAGGCGUCAUCAGCUGGGGAUCGGGCUGUGGUGACCGCAACAAGCCAGGCGUCUACACCGAUGUGGCCUACUACCUGGCCUGGAUCCGGGAGCACACCGCUUCCUGAUUGCUCAGGGACUCAUCUUUCCCUCCUCGGUGAUUCCGCAGUGGGAGAGUGGCUGGGGCAUGGAAGGCAAAAUUGUGUCCCAUUCCCCCAAUGCGGCCAGCUCCGCGCCAGGAUGGCGCAGGAACUCAAUAAAGUGCUUUGAAAAUGCUGA